ACAGUCACUUUCUAGUACAGCAUUCACAUUUUAAACAUCAUGGAUGCCUUACAUAAAUUGCUCAAGCUUUGUGCAGAUAAGAAAUCUGCCAUCGGCUACGGCUUUUUGACCAUUCUUACUGCUGGUGGGCAGCAUCUGUUUUCUCUGGUAGUUUUCCAGUGCCCAUGUACCGAACAUAACUUGAUGUAUGGAUGUGUUUUUCUCUUUGCUCCUGCUGUAGUUCUUAUGAUCAUCAGUUAUUUCCUAAACAGUAGAACUUGGAAGUUUGUUACAGGAUGCUGUCUUAAGCCAAAGAAGAUGUGCCCCAAUGGUUACCGCUGCUACGGGCUGCAUGUUUUCUUACAGCUGCUACUGAAUUCUCUGAUAGUUCCGGUCAUGUGGAUUUCUAUAGCCUUGCUUCAUGGAACCUUCUACACGUGUGCAAUGAGCGCCUGGCAGAAUGCAGAGUUUGUGCAGCAUCUGUGUAGGAACAAAUCUGAACAGUGUCAGACACAACUCUACAAAGUGACCUGUGGCAGAGCAACAUUGCCCGCCUACGAAUCACAAGAGGUUGUCCUGGUUCUUCAAGCCCAGUCUCAGGUUCUAGGCUGGUGUCUCAUUGCUGUUCUGGCGUCAAUUUCUCUUCUAUGUACAUGUUGGUCUAGUUGUUAUUCUAAAGUAAGUUCAAUCCAAAUGUCAUUCUGGAAAAUUUAUAUUGAGAAAGAAAAAGAUAAGUUUGAUCGACUGGCUCAGGAAUACGCAGACAAACUUGCAGAAAGGAACCUUAGAAGUUUCUUUGAAAACAAAGAGCCGACUGCAUUUGAGUUGCCCAAUAAUAAAGCAUGGGAGAAGAUCUCUGCACUAUAUACAUUUAAUGCAGAUCACCAAUACUACAGUACUCUCCACAAGUUUGUGGAACAUGGAGUCGAAAAUUUCAGUGGAAAAGAAGUAAUGAUGGACUUUGUAGAUGCACAAGUAUGAUAGACGUUAGGACAUCAAAGAAGAAUAUGACUACAAGUGAGUUGAUGUGUUCUAUGUCAGUUCAUUGAAACACAUAGCAAUAUUUGUAAAAUGUGUGGAAUAUUAAUUUAUGUUUUUGAUCUGAGUAAAAUACAGAAAUAGACAUUGUCUGGGAUUAGGGGAAAUUAUCAGACUGUUUUUCCCAGAAACAGCGCUAUUUUGUCCACAAACUAUGCUAUAAAGAGUCUUCUUAGUAAAGCUUAGUAAAGAGUCUGUCUUCAGUCUUCAGUUCUACUGAGCGCUGAAGAUGCCUGUGUGUAACAUACAGAGGCUUCCAGCCUGCCUCUUGUCACUACCUCCCUGGCUGUACCCUAUCACUGUCCAUCUCUCUACCUACCUGACUUGUUACACACAGGUGUCUUCAGCGCUCAGUAGUAACUCCUUAGUAACUCUCAGUUACAGCUUUGCUAAGAAGACUCUUUAAACCCUGUUUUCUAUAAUAAAGAAACAUC